AUGUCGUAUUAUGAUCAAAUUGAAAUUGAAGAUAUGACCUUUGAUGUUGAUACCCAACUUUUUACAUACCCAUGCCCAUGCGGUGACCGCUUUCAAGUAUAUAUUGAUGAUUUAUUUAAUGGAGAAGAAGUAGCCGUUUGUCCAAGUUGUUCACUCAUGAUACAAGUUAUAUUUGAGAAAGAGGAUUUACAACAAUACUAUGAUGAUGCAGACCUACAACCACCUAUUGAAAUAUCGGCUGCUGCUUGA